GAAAUGCCAGUUAACACGCCCAUGUGAAGUUCUCCAAGUGAUUUUGUCAUAUAUAGGAGUAUACGUCGAGACGCAGGACCGUUAAAAAUUUUCCUGCACAUAUAACUUCACUGUAUGCAGCGUGUAUGAGUUUGUAAAGUGAGACAGAGAAUGGCAUCCAGCGCUGUGUACACGCAUAGAGAUCCUAUGCUGAAGAAGAGAGAUGACUUUGAGGAUAUUUUGGAGGAGAGGAGGAACUCCAGUGACCUGAGAUACGCCCUCAGAUGUUACACUCCAGUUGUUUAUAAAGGAGUAACACCGUGUACAUCUGGCAUGCUGAAGAGCAUGGUGCUUCAGUCCGAUCAGAUACACUAUGUCAUCAAUCAGGUUUCCAAAGAGAUGGGCAAGGCGGCUGAUGACCUCCAGGAGGAGGCGUCGGCCAUCUUGGAGGAGAUGGCUCACAGUCAGCAGCUCAGCACCGUUCGCUUCUUUGCCUUCACGCUCAGCAAAGUCUUUAAAACCUUGUUCAGGAGCAUCUGUGUCAAUGAGGAGGGCAUCCAGAGGCUCCAACAAGCCAUUCAGGAGCACCCAGUAGUCCUGUUACCUAGUCACCGUAGUUACAUGGACUUCCUGCUGAUGUCAUACAUCCUGUAUACCUAUGACCUGGCCCUGCCUGUCAUCGCUGCCGGCAUGGACUUCAUGGGGAUGAAGUUUGUUGGGGAGAUGCUGCGGAUGUCCGGAGCUUUCUUCAUUCGGAGAUCGUUCGGUGGAGACAAACUGUACUGGGCCGUCUUCUCAGAGUACGUCAAGACUAUUCUCAAGAAUGGAUUCGCACCAGUAGAGUUUUUCCUAGAGGGGACAAGAAGCCGGACGGCCAAGUCUUUAACUCCAAAGUUAGGUCUUUUGAAUAUAGUUAUGGAUCCAUUUCUCAAAGGCGAAGUGUUUGAUGUCAACGUGGUCCCAGUCAGCAUCAGCUACGAGAGGAUCUUGGAGGAGACGCUUUACGCCAGAGAACUGCUGGGUAUCCCCAAGCCCAAGGAGUCCACCUCAGGUCUGAUUAAAGCCAGAAAGGUCCUCAGUGAAGACUACGGCAGCAUCCAUGUGUACUUUGGUCAACCUGUGUCUGUCAGAAGUUUAGCCCAGGGCAAAGUUAACCGCUGCCAGUUCAACCUGGUACCAAGACACAUCCCAAGGAGGCCUGGCCAGGACGUCCACAGCUUUGUGAAUGACUCGGCCUACAGGCUGGUGCGGGCCCAGGAGGAGAACAUGGUCCUGAAGCCGUGGGUCCUUCUGGCCUCCCUGCUGCUCCAGAACCAGGCAGAGGGGCAGAAACAGGGGAUGGCACUGGACGAGCUGACCGCACAGGCCGUGUGGCUGCGGGACAUUUCCCGGCAGUACGGCGCCUUCCUCCACUGGCCUGACCACGUCCCUCCGUCAGAGGUGGUUUCCUCCAGCCUGUCCCUGCAUCAAGGUCUAGUGAGGAUCUGUGAGGGGAGAGUCCAGCUGGCGGUGGAGCAAGCAGAAAGACCAGCAACGCCAGGGGAGCCUCGCAGCACCGUUACCCCAGAAGAGGAGCUGAUGAGCCAGGCAGUCGUCAUACUCUCCUGCGCCUCGUACAGGAACCAGGCGCUGCACGUCUUUCUCCGACCGGCUCUGCUGGCCUCGGCCAUCCACACCGCCGCUUCCAACCAGAAACAGGAAGUCUUCAACAGUUUCAGCUUCCUGAGAAACAUGUUCUCCAAUGAGUUCAUCCUCUGUCCUGGAGCCACGGUGCAGGACUUCGAGGAGGCCUGUUACCUGCUGGUGAAGACGGGAGCUCUGCAGGUCACCCAGCAGGAGGUUCUGGUGACGGAAAGAGGACAGAGAACACUGGGCUUCCUCACCAACCUGCUGGAUCCCUUCUUACAAGGAUACCAGGUGGUGUGCCGGUUCCUGUGUGAAGAGGCCACUGAGGCUCUGACUGAAAAACAGUUUAUUCCCGCCGUCCGCAAGUUCAUCGUCAAACAUCUUCUAGCAGGUAGACUAAGAUACACAGAGGUGUUGUCAUCCGACCUCCAGAAGAACUCUCUGGCAGCUUUGCUAAGACUCGGAGCUGUACGGAAAAUCAAAGGAGCGGAGCAGGGGACGUUAAAGGUCAACAAGGUGAUGGUGAACUCGUUGGAAGACACUCUGGGAGGGAAACUCCCCACUCAGAAAGCCACCGUCGCCCGCCUCUAAUUCAGCGACCUCAUUAGCCUGAGAAGGGUCAAAUCUCUCUACCUGCAUCGACGGCGUCUCGGCUCCUCUCACGCGGCUCAUCCCAGAGGCGCUUCAGCCAAACUGCUUUCUAUGAGAGAUGGAACAAAAGAAUCGCCAUCUGGUGACAGCUCAGUUAAUUUUCUUCUUCUCCUCACCUCUUUUUCAACACACAGUCUUUCAGUUCUUUCUAUUAAAAACCUUUUAUAUAUAUUCAUAAAGCCGGAUGAUGAGUAAGGCCUUUGGAGGUGUAUCGCUGAGCUCUUUGCCUCAUUCUGGAAAUCUGACCUUCUGCUAUGAGCGGCUUUAUGCAAGCUUGUGAAUGUGCCAGCUCCACUCAGGAUAGUGGCCAUUCUCCAUUAAUGCAUUUGAUGUGUAUCCUCUAACACUCGGCGUGGCGUUUCUUUGUGUUACCCUCAGUCUGUUCAUCACCUGUUAGUCUUGUCUUUUUUUUCUGAGCACUUUAAUGAAUUUAUUCAUGCAGUGUGGCGUGGAUCUGAACACUCUUGACAUUGUUUUCUCUUUUUUUUCUUUUUGAGCAAAUGUUGCUGAAAUUGGCGGUUGCAAAGAUUUUGGUGGUUACAUAUUUUUGUGUUUGGUACAAAGUGAUUUUCUUCUGCACUGUCUGAACGAAAGGGUUUAUAUAUUUGAGUUGCCACAGAUCAAGGGCCUACUCCAAGAAUAUCUCGUGCCAGGUGUCGUUGUUGGAUUCAAAGCACCCUCAGGCAUUUUGCCAACACUCCAAGCUUCAUUUGCCUUUGUUUACACAGUGGAGAUAAUGCUCAGUGUAAUGCUAGUGUCACAUAGUUGCCAAACUCCAUUUAAAAUUAAAGUUAUUCAUGUACUGAAACACAACCAGCUAAACCAAAGGAGAAAGUUUUAUGUUUUUGUUCACUGUUUGAGAUAAUUUGCAAAUUUUUUCUCAUGUUCUCAAGUUUAGAAUAAUUAGUGAAGUUGCUUCCGGUACUGAUUUGAAGUCAGAAUAUGUUACACACUUGAUAUCAUUUUGUUACAAGGAAAAAAAAAAGAAAAGCCAAAAUAAAACAAAUAAUAAGGAGCUUUUUUAAAUUACCAGCCCAACGGGUGAUUUUUUUUUUUUUUUUUUUUUUAUUUAACUCAGGUGAACCUGUUGAGCCAACUAGCUCGCAAAAGUGGAAUUUUUCUAUUUUUUUUCCCCAAAUUAGAUUAGUUUAAAAAAAAUCCUUGUUUUGAUGCUAUUCAUUUGGUAGUUAAUCAGCAAUGUUACCUUGAAAUGGCGUUCUGGUGCUGGCAGCAGAUUUUGGGUUUUACAGAAACAGGCAGAGCAGCUUUAGAAAGGAAAAACCUUGUGGUAAAAGCCGCAGGGUCUCUACCAAUUCAGGUACAGUUUGUUACAAUAAUGUUAAUGAUACUGAUAUUGUUGCCAAUAUGAUGCCUGCGUUUUGGUGACUGUACUAACACAAUACCUUUUCAGUGCAAAUAUUUCUCUACAAAAAACUUUUUUUCUGUGUAGCAAAAUAGGCCAACUUUCUUAAAGGUGUUGUCUGAAUUUUGUUUCACCACAAAAAGCCAAGAACUUUUAGGAAUUUGACUAAAGACAUUUUUAUCAGUACUUAAAAAGUACUGCAGUUCGAUACCCAAAGCAAUGUUUGCAUGGGAUAGCUGGCAAUUUGUCAUUUAGCCUCAAAACUGCUAAAGCUCUUCGUAGAAAUCUCACAAGUUGAACUUAAAUUCCUCUGUUAAGGGAAUACUUCAUACCCAAAAUGAUCAUUUGUAUAUCAGUUACUCAAGCUGUUACUACCUUUUGAUUUGUGAGGACAGCUUUGUUUUUCUCACAUGCUUCCACAGUGAAUGAAGAAUCCAAAAACAGAGAAAACUCUUGAUGAAUUGAAGUUAUAGGGGGCCAAGUUUAAGAAAAACAAAACUGUAUCAAAACAUUCACUUACAAACUCUGACACAACUCGUGCAGUAUAACUGAAGUCUCAUUUAUCUAGUUGUAAACUUAGUACUUCCCAAACACGUGCAUUUUUGCCACAGAAAACCUUACUAUGUAAAAUACCGCUGAGAUACGCUAUUUGGACGCAAGUAAAAGCACGUUUGGGAGGUACUGAGCAUACAACUGGAUAAAUGAGACUUGAAUCACACUUCAUUAGUUGUGUGAGAGUUUGUAAACUGAUCUUUAGAUAUAGUUUCUGUUCCUGUUUUUAACACGUAGCUCCCUUUUACUCCAUCAAGACUUUUUCACUUUUUGGAUUCUUCGUUCACCGUGGAGGCUUGCAAGAAAAACAAAGUUUUCCUCGCAAAUUCAACAUAACACGGUGUGAUUGUGCCAAGUGAGACAUCCCACAUUGUGUUCCUGGACCAACAUUGUAAUCAACCAAUCAUAGUCCUCUGACAUCAUCAGUGUGCUGCAUCUGCAUUCUUUUUUUCCCCCAAAAUUUCUUUGUGUCUCUAUUAAGUUUUCCAAAUUUAAGUUUGCAAUUUGACAACAUCCUCAGUUACACUGAACAAAAUCCUUAUAAACUACUGCAGGAUUAGUAAAUUAGCUUGCUAACCAGGUAGGCUAUGCUAACGAGUAAACUUACCAAUAGGCUAGAAUUUUAGCACGUUAGCUUGUUAAGUAGGUGGGUUAUGCUAACGCUAUUUGCCAAUAGGCUAGAAUUUUAGCACGUUAGCUUGCCAAGUAAGUGGGCUAUGCUAACAAGAAAGCUUGCCAAUAGGCUAGAAUUUAAGCGUAAGUAGCAUAAGUAAGUCGGCUGUGCUAACAAGAAAGCUUGCCAGUAGACUCAGUUAUUGUUAAUUAACAAAUAUGAAGCAUAAUAUUAUUUUCUGUCGCAAAUACCUGCCAUUAACACAGUUUCACAACCUACCCACUUAGCAAGCUAACUCUCUAUCCCUGCAGCAGCUCACAAGAAUUUAGUCCAGUGUUACUGAGGAUUUUGUUCAACUGUACUAACUUCAAUUGGAAAACUAGCUCACACAAAGCACAAAGGAAUUUUGAAAGAAGAAGAAGCAGCAGCACACUGAUGAUGUCAGAGGCCUGUGAUUGGUUGAUCCAGGAACAUGACCUACUUGACAAAAUCACUUUGUGCGUGAGUAACUGAUAUGCACUAAUCAUUUUGAGGCUAAGGUAUCUCUAAAAAUGUUUAACAGCUUUCUGUAGGACUGUUUCAGUAGUUCCAAUGCUCAGUGAACACAUCUCACUGAAUGAUUAAUGAUACCAUGGAAGAUUAAAGUCAUUAUGAGUCCACAAUCUCUCGCUACCAAAUGCAAAACAUCACUGUUAAGCAGUUUAGCCAAGCACACCUUUAAAAAAGUCACACUUCAAAAUCAUGUACUACCACAACAGCCACCUCCAGCUUAUUUGAUCACCAAACUUUCCAGACACUGAACUUGACUUUGAAACUUGAAAACACUUCAAUUCACUGAAGUUGACUGAAGCAACAACAAAGCAGCUCUGCAUCUAAGAAGUGUUUGCAGAACAACAAAUCUGUGUGUCAACACAUAAUCCAAAGUGCAAGUGAACAGUGUGAGUCUAUUUGUGUUUUUUCAAUAACAGCUUUUAUACUGUAUAAUGUCUAAAUAUUUGACUCCUUUGUGUGUGUGUGUUUGUGUGUGUGUGCGUGCACUCCUGUGAUGGGACGUUUUAGUACCGACUGUACAGGCUAAUGAAAAACAAAAGCAUGUUAAUAAAGUGUUUUGAAAUACUAA